GCGGUGGUGGCCGCCGAGGCGGAGAAGGGCGUGGCGCUGACCAAGCAGAUGGCAUCGGUGUUCAAGGCCCUUGCCCAUGCAGAGUCUGCCUACGCAAAGGCGCUCCACGAGGUAGCCACCUCGGACGCCGCCCUCUUUGCCUCGUCUAACAUCUUCAAGCUUUUCUCGCAAAAGUCAGGCAGGAGAUCAGACGCAUUGCUCUCGCUGCAAGCCGCGUGGGAUGCUGUCCUAGAGUCGAUCAACUCGCGUGCCGCCCUGCACUCGCAGGUCGCUGUCGAUCUCAUCAAGGACGUGGCCCAGCCGCUGGGCAAGUUUGCUUCGGCCGGGCGCCUCAAGGCGCCGCUCUCGCGCGGCAAGGGCCUCCUCGCCAACCUCCGUGCCGCAGAGUCGGCGUACACUUCGGCAAAGGCCUCGUUUGCAAAGGCCAAGGUCGAGCUGAAGCGCGCACGCCGCGCCUACGUCACCGAGCCGGACCUCGACAGGAAGCGUAGGCUGGAGGCCUCGUACGCCGCCGCGCGCAAGACCGCCUCCUCCGCGCGCAAAAAGCUGGUCCGCGCCCACAAGGCAGCUCGCACCUUUGCCGACGCCCUCACCACCUCCAAGCUCCCUGGCGUGUACGCGGCGCUGGAGGAUCUCGAGCGCGACCGCGGCUCGACCGUCAACUCGGUCCUCCACCGGUUUGUCUCCAUCUCUGGCUCGGUCGUCCCAGCCAUCAAGACUGCGUGCUUUGCCCUUUACUCGUCGGUUGGGGCCGUCGACGUUGACGCCGACCUCGCCGCCUUUGUCGCUGCCCACAAGUCAUCUCUGGAUCCGACCAGCAUGGCGCUCAUUGCUCCGCUGGAUCCGGCCGAGCUUGAUGACGUCGACCUGCAAGGUGACGACGCUCGCGAUGAGCACGGCAGUGACAGCGGCAGUGGCCGAGAUGGCGAGGAUGUCGACGCCGGCGACACUGACAACGCCGACAACGCUUACGAUGACGAGUACGACGACGACGACGGCGACGACGACGCAGACUCUAGUGAGAGCGUCGACGACAAUCGAACCACCGUUGCAGAGGCGGCAGCCGCCCCGAAGCAAGGAAAGGUCGCACAGGACACCGGACGCGAUGCAGCUGAUGCACGCGGCCGGGAGCGCGUCGAGUCGGCAGGCUCGGCCGUCGGCGCAGCCGUCGACUCGGCCACAGGCUCGGCCACCGACUCGGCACUCGACUCGGCGCUCGACUCGGGUGCAGGAUCUGCUGUCGGAGCCGCAACCCUCGCCACGCCGACGGCCUCGCCGUACGCCUCGGUUGCAACCGCAGGCGACGAGGUAGUGUCCUCGUCCGAGUACGAGACCGACGACGAUGUCGCUGCGUCCGCCAUUCAAGAGCUGAUCCAGCGGCGGGCGCGCGCCGAGUCGGAAGCCGCUGCGGAAGCGGCGGCGUCGGUGGCGGCCGAUGCGUCAUCGCCGGAGAGCGAAGAGGAGGAGGAUGCAGCUGUGGCUGCAGCGACUGCGGCCGCAGCAGCGCGGCGUGAGAGACAGCGACUGCGAAAGGAGCAGAUGGCGGCCAUGGCGGCGGCGCGGGCGCGGGCGUCGGGUCCCAUCAUUGCCGCCGAGGACGACGACGACGACGGCGGAGCCGGCCGCGGGCGCAAGGCCGGCCCAAGGGGAAAACCAAAGGCCAAAUCGAAGAAAAACGAGAACAAGGCGCGAGCGAGGGCCGGGUCGCGGGGCCCCGGCGGGGGGGCCCCCCCCGUGGCCCGGGGCGGCGCCGCGCCGUCGUCGGCGCACGACCCGGAGCUUGUGGCCAUGAUCCGGUCACUGGCGGCGCACUCGCGGCACAACGACUACUACGCGCUGUUUGGCAUCGGCGAUCCGCGGGCGCCGCUGGCGGCGAUUGCCAAGGCGCGGCGCGAGCUGACCCAAAAGUACCACCCGGACCACCAAAAGGACGACACCGCGCGCGCGUCGGCGACCGAGCAGCUGCAGCGGAUCAACUCGGCGUUUACCAACGUGCUCCGCAACCCGCAGACCCGGCUGCUGUACAACAAGCUCUGCAAGUACCGUGCUUCGUACAAGCAGAUGACUCUCGGCGCUCUUAACUCGGACCAGCUCCGGCUCGCUGCAUCUAACCUCAAGGUGCUGCUCAAGGACGUCGAGGCCGAAAACAUGCCGAUGGACCUCAUCGCCGAGAUCCGCCUCUGCCUCGGCAUUGUCCAGCGCCGGCUGAAAGUGUAAACAAAAAAGCACUCUC